AUGUCCCACCUGAAACGAAUAACCCAACUGCUCCGAGGCUCGCUUUCCACCACCCCCUCUUCUCCAGCCGCUGGUGCACCAGGAUCUUUUCACCUCCCUGUACGAAAACUCGUCUUACGCUAUUCGCAGUACAACGCAUCCUCCUCUGGUCUUCGAGCUUUUUUGCUUUCUCCCCGCUUUUCUGCCUUGUCUUCCAGAUAUCCUUCCAUCGAAUUCGUCGUCAGCGAAGCUGGCAGUGAAAAACAUCCCCUCGUCACUGGCUUCUACGGAUCCACCCUCAAGGACGCGUCAAAGGCGGGAGGAGAGAGGAGGAAGGAUAUUAACCUCGCAAACCUAGACGCGAACCAGGUAGAACAGAAGUUAAGGCACGUUGUAGAGUCAAGUGGUGCAAAAAUAAAGGCUUUGAAGAGAAGACCAGUGGAAAGUAGAAGCGAAGGUGCUAGGGGGAUUUGGUCUCAGUUGCAUUCGAAACCUGUCGACAUCUAG